AUGACACCACACGCUACACCCGAGUCACCAGCCGUUUCGGGGGAAGAUCACCGGCUUCGGUCGAUAUGUGCUCUGAUCAAGGCAAAUGCUGAUGAUCAGCCGAACUCGAUUGCUGUCUCUCAAGGAAACCGAAGCUUGACCUACGAACAGCUCGACAAAGCCUCAUUAUUCCUAGCCGCGCUCUUUGAUUCGCAUGGAAUCCGGACAGGAGAUUCAAUCCCAAUAUUUCUCUCGAGAUCUUUGGAGAGUGUGGCAUCGAUUUUGGCGUUGAUGCGACUGGGUGCCUGCCUGGUGCCGAUGGAUGCCAGCUCUUGGAGCCAACAGAGAGUCGAUGCAGUUCUGCAAACCGUCGAGCCAAAAGUUGUGGUCAAGUCUGAAAAAACAGGACUCAAUUCUGCGUGUUACUCGGUGAUUGAAGCAGAGACCAUUCGCUUGACUUACAAUGCCUCAUUUACCGAGACCGAAAUUCCAACAAUCACCAGAGAUCUCGACACUCCCGGUGAUUCUGAACAUCCAGCCUACAUUAUCUUCACUUCGGGGACAACCGGGAGCCCGAAAGGUGUUGUUAUUCCACGUCGAUGUGUUGAGAACUAUGUUCUGCAAGGAUGGGACAGAGGCAUGCCUUUCAACUUGGGAGUUGGUCGAGACGACAAAAUUCUGCUUUUGUUCUCUUUCGCUUUUGAUGCUGCUUGGGGUGUAUUUUUCAGUUGCCUCUGCCAUGGAGGUCAUUUACUCCUGUCUGAACCAGAAAGGGUUUUGGAGGAUGCGAAACAUUGCACAAUCCUUCCGGCAACGCCUUCGCUCCUUAUUACAUUGGGUGAUCCUCAAGCUUAUUCCCGGGCCAAGAAUAUCUUUCUCGGCGGCGAAUCUCCAAGUUCAGCCUUGAUCGAGAGAUGGUGGAGUCCGAAACGGCGAAUUUUCAACUGCUACGGGCCAACCGAAACCACUAUUUGUACCAGUAUGGCUGAGUUGCGACCUGGAAAUCCGAUUGUUCUAGGAACACCGAUGAAAAACACAAAAAUGCUCAUCCUUGACGAACAUCUCGAAGAAUCUGACGAAGGAGAGAUCUGUAUUAGUGGACCCGGCUUGGCAUCUGGGUACUACAAAAACGAAGCAUUGACUGCAGAGAGAUUUGUUACCUGGAAAGGCUGUCGAUUGUACCGGACCCUUGAUCGGGCUCACAGAGGACCAGAGGGUAUCAUAUUCUGUGGACGUGAGGAUAGCAUGGUGAAAAACCGAGGUUAUCUCAUUAACAUCGACAUGGAAGUUCUGCCCAUCUUGACUUCCUACCCCGAGGUACAGUCGGCAGCCGCCCUGAUGUACAAAGGUAGAUUGGUGGCAGCUGUCACGCCUGAAAACAUUGACGGCACGGAGAUGCGACUGCAACUCUCUCGGUCACAUGAUGAGUUCGUUGUUCCUGAUCAGAUCAUCGCCCUCCGAGAGCUAGAUCGCACCUCCAACGGCAAAGUCGAUUUGAAAAAGUUGCGAGACACUUUUGAGAGCAUUUCUACCGAAUUUUCCUCUGACACCACGAGCGGCACUCGCUUGGAAAUCCUUCAAGAAGCGGUUGCCGAAGCAUUGGGGCAUUCUACUGGCUCAGUGGGUACUUCUUGCAGCUUCUGGGAACUUGGUGGAAACUCUCUCCUUGCUAUCAAACUAUUGUCGAUUCUCAGAAAAAAAGGUUACACAGUGGACUUUCAGGAGUUAUUCACACCGAUUUCUCUGGUUCUCCUGUCUGAGCUCCUGGAACAAGCUGAUGCGCCGGAAGAGGAACCAUUGGCGCCCUUAUGGGACACCGUCUAUAGCGAUUCCUCCGUUACGUCCCCGAUUACGACAACACAAAUGGGAAUGAUUCGAUCUUCCAUUAAAUUUUCAGCGGCGAGCUAUAUGCUGGUCACCAUCGCCCUUCCUUGGAAUUCCCCCACGGAAUACAGUGACACAUUCUGCAAUGCCUGGAAAGCAGUUCUAGAGCAGCAUGCCAUAUUCAGAACGACUUUUGAUCUCACUGAGGGGAAACAGAAAGUUGGUUCUACGUACCAUCAUGACUGGGAAACACAUUUUGUGGCUGAUGAAGAUGCACCAUUGGCCCUCCUGAAUCACUCCGACGAGCUGAUGAAAAGCACGGGACAUGUCGAUUACUGUAAUGUCUUCCGUCCUCUUAACACUUUUCGCCUUCUUGUGAACGAGAGCAAGAGCAAUGCACAUUUGCUAUGGCUUGUUCAUCAUAGUUUGAUUGAUGGUUGGUCUAUGAGUAACAUCAUCGAACAAGUUCAAACGCUUCUGGAGGGUGGAACCUUGAAGAACACACCUGCUCAAUUCUGGCAGUUCUCGCGAAGCUUAUCACAAAGGUCUCAGCUUCCACAGGAUAAGGAAGUGGCUUUUUGGAAGGAAGCAUUUUCCAAGGUCGCCGAUGCUGUGCCAUUGAGCCUUCCUAAGCCGAAUGAGGGAAUGGAAGAGCAACGUUUUGGUAUUACUACUGUCAACGUUGAGCUUGAAUUAGACCAAGUUGAGCAGAUAUGUCGAAUUCAGAAUGUUACAUCGGCUGCAAUGAUACAUGCUGCUUGGGCUCUUCUACUACGGUCGUAUACAGCACAAGAGCAGAUCACGUUUGGAACUGUGUUCUCAGGCCGCGACUUCCCUCUCCAGGGGAUCGACUCCCUUGUGGGCCCGACGUUGAAUACUUGCCCCUUCCCAAUGAGUCUCGUGGAUCACAAAACCAAACAAGACUUCCUUUCGAGCGUGCAGAGCCUGCUGCUUGACAUUGGUUCUCACCAGUGGUCUGCACAAGAAGCAUUGCAGACCAUUAUGCCCGGAAGUCACACCAGGGUGUACCAGACCGCCCUUUUCCUAGAAUACAACUUGCCAGGCUUUGAAGACUCCACUUGGAAAUUCUCCCGUACCGACGUUCCAGAAUUUGGAUUGACCGUCCUCAUCCGUCGAGAAGGAGGCCGUCUCACGUUCCAUGGUUUAUACAACCAGACAAUGUAUACUAGACCGGUAAUCCAGCGCAUGAUCACACAUUUCCGAAACAUUUUCGUCGCAUUGCUUGAUCCGCUUUGUCAGACAAUAUCCCAGGUGUGCGGAAGAAUGUUGGAGCCAACCGAGCUUCUUUCCCUGACUACCAAUUCAUCCACUUUUAUGAGCCCGUAUGUGGGACCAUCUAAUCUCAAGGACAGUUUUGAGAUUGGUGUCGAUCAGUGGCCAGAUGCAGUGGCAAUUGAAUCCACAUCUCGCAGUAUCACAUAUCGGGAGCUCGAUCAAUUGGGAAAUUAUGUUGCCAAAACAAUUGCAGCCAGCGUUUGUCCUGGCGAUGCUGUUGGGAUAAUCAGCGACCGUGGCAUUGAAUGGCUCAUUUCCGUCAUUGCUGUGAUCAAAUCCGGGGCUAUUUAUGUCCCACUUGAUACAAAAUUACCCAUUGAGCGAAUGCGCAUCAUGGUAAAGUCGGCUAGGGUGAAGCUGUGCAUCUUUCCCAACGAAGACUGUCAGGCUAAAUUUCAAGAUAUUUUCCAACACAAUAUCCUGUUGCAUCACCUCCUGGGGGAUACGGUCCCGACUAUGUGUCCCCGACUUGAGACAGUAACAAUGGGAGAAGAUUUUGCAUACAUCACAUUCACAUCCGGAUCCACAGGCGUUCCCAAGGGUGUCCAAAUCCCACAUCAAGCAGUGGUCUCAUAUUUGUCUUAUGGACCUGCUCGCAUGGAUGCUCGCCCAGGUCGACGACACUCACAAAUGUUUUCACCCGGAUUCGAUGUCAACCAGGCGGAGAUUUUUGGAACACUCUGCUAUGGAGCUACUCUCGUCUUGGCCGAUCCAGUGGAUCCAUUUUCCCAUCUUUCACGGGUUGACGCGACCAUGAUCACACCGUCUUUCCUCUCGGUUUUGGAACCUUCUGACUAUCCGAAUAUUGACACCAUUCUUUUUGCCGGAGAAGCGGUACCCCAAGUUCUUGCAGACCGUUGGGCAGGAACUAAAGCUGUCUACAACUCGUAUGGGCCAUGCGAGUGCACGAUUGGGUGCUUGUUCAAGCUUCUCAGUCCACAUGAAGAGGUCACAUUAGGGCGAACGAUUCCUCGCGUUGGAGUCUACCUACUUGAUUCGCGAAAUCAGCCAGUCCCUAUCGGUGUGCCUGGUGAGAUCUGUCUAAGUGGGAUCCAAGUUGCUAAUGGUUACAUCGGAGCUGAAAUGCAAUCGGUUUCGCAAACUCGCUUCAUUCCGGAUCCAUUUGUGCCUGGACACCGCAUGUAUCGCACUGGGGACUGUGCCGUGUGGACAGAGGAUAUGGAGCCGAAAUUUUUGGGGCGAUAUGAUAAUCAGGUCAAGAUAAGAGGCUACCGGGUCGAACUGAGCGAAGUUGAAAACGCCAUUCGCACAGUCUGUGCAGAGGUUCGCCGGGCGGUGGCCCUUGUUAGUGGCGAUAACAUUGUUGCAUUUGUUGAGCCAGAUAAUAUCAAUAUCCCUGGUCUUCACGAGGCCCUCCGAACGAAGCUUCCCAGAUAUGCUUGCCCUUCGACCAUCGUGGCAUUUUCUGCUCUACCAACGAUGCCAAACCAAAAACUUGACCGCAAGGCAUUGCAGUCCCAUUUGAAUCUGGCAAAGCGACAAAGCCCAGAUCCACUGACGCCAACUCAGUCUCUGGUAGCCCAGGUUUGGCGUGAGGCAAUCGGCCUUCCUGAAACUGUCGAAAUUGGCGAAGAGUCGGAGUUUUUGGCACUGGGAGGCAAUUCCCUUUCCCAGAUAAAAGCUGCUCAAAUUGCCAAUAGAAUACUGAACACAAAGCUGCCGAUGGGGCUCUUUAUCUUCAACACCGUGCUGUCGGCGUUGUGCAAAGAGAUAACUGAUCAUCUAUCUGAUGAAGACCGGCUGUCUACCCAGCGGUCUUUCUCUUCAUCCUGGCAAACGGCUAAACCACCAUAUACAGCUACCUCCAACAUCGAGGAAGAGGCUUUCCACUUGUCGGCCUCGUCGCCCACACCUCAAGCUUUCAAUGUGGCCUCUCAUCUGCGACUGAAAGGAGACCUUCACCUGGAAUUCUUCCAGAAAGCCAUCGAGAAAGUUAUUUCCAGUGAGCCAGUUCUCAAAAGCUGUUUCAGAGAUGUCGAUGGUCAAGUCGUACGUGGCCAAUCUCAUGAUUCCUACGAGAUGAUCGUGGACAAGAUCCCCAAUCCCCCAAUCAGCAGCUUCGCCAAUCGAAAAUUCGAUCUUUCAUCUGGUCCAUUGACCAGAAUCAUGAUUAACCAAAACAUUUCUUGGGUCGAUCUUGUUAUUGUGCAACAUCACGCGGUUACCGACAAGGCAUCCAUAAAUUUGCUUCUGAAAAAGGUACAGGAAGAGUAUCGCCGGUCCCUGGAAAGUGAUCCUCAAACAGAUGUCACCUCUCCUGCACAUGAGACUCCAGAUUACACCAUUUGGGCUCAAUGGCAGAAGUACAAUCAACCACCGCUGUCCAAACAUGCUUCAUACUGGCGAGACCACCUACUGAAUUUACCCAGCCCUCCAUUUGAAUCGUUUGGGCAGGGUUCGAGAACCUAUGCCGGAAACUCACAUUCUGUUGUACUGAGAACCUCACCAAGCUUCUUUGGAUCUAUGGAAGUCUACGUCGCUCUCGUUGCAAAAGCGAUUGUAAAUGUUCAAGGGACCCGAGAUGUCAUCGUUGGCAUACCGCAUGUUGAUCGCACUGAGCCUGGCACCGAAAACCUUCUGGGCUGCUUCCUUGACCGCCUACCAGUGCGCGUCGAUGAAAGUUUGAACGAAUUUGAAAGUCUGAUAAAAACGGUGCGAACAUCGAUACAAAAUGCGCUGAUGCACUCAAUUCCUCUCAAAGACAUUCGGAAGAUUGCUGGAGAAGACGAAAUCUUCCAAGUGAUGGUUGUGUAUAACAGAAAAGAAGACUCCAACGCAAACAGUCUUUCACUCCCUGGUGUCGAGGUGGAAUCUGGAGUGUUGAGAACAACAGGUGCAAAGUUCCCACUCCUGAUUGAAUUCACCGAAGAGAAACAACAUACGACGUGCGACUUUGAAUAUAUGGAAGAUAUGGUUUCUUCGGAAACUGUUGCUAUCAUCGCGCAGACGAUGAUGAAGAUUUUGUCAGCUGUAUAA